CACUACACGUACAGUGAUUGGCGUAGAGAGAGGUUGUGCUGCUACAACCUUCCUGUUUAAUGUGAGCCAUCACUGUAUUUACUGUAACAGAGAGCUGUUCACUCUCGUGCGAUCUCAGGGACCCGGGAUAUCACCCUUCACCGUCAGCCAUAUCAGGAGCAGGCAUGUCUUCAGAGAUGCAGAAGGACAGCUUAGCCGGCUUCCAGCCGCUCUUCAAGUCAUUCGCCACAGAUGCGAUCCACGUUGGUUCAGAGCCCGAGCAGUGGAGCUCUAUGGCCGUAGUGCCUCCUAUUUCACUGUCCACCACCUUUAAACAGCACGGCCCCGGAAAACAUACGGGUUUCGAGUACAGCAGGAGUGGAAAUCCUACAAGAAACUGUCUCGAAAAAGCAGUCGCUGCUUUGGAUGGUGCAAAAUACUGUCUGGCUGUUGCCUCUGGAUUGGCUGCAACUUUGACCAUCACACAUCUUUUCAAAAGUGGAGAUGGAAUUUUGUGCAUGAAUGAUGUAUAUGGAGGAACCAACCGAUAUUUCAGAAAAGUAGCUUCAGAAGCUGGGCUUGAUAUCUCUUUUGCAGACCUCACAAAGCUGGAGGAGUUAAAAACAGGUCUAAAACCAAAUACAAAGAUGGUUUGGAUUGAAACACCCACAAACCCUACAAUGAAGGUUGUGGACAUCCAGGCCUGUGCAGAUAUUGUCCAUAAGCACAACAAGGACACAAUUGUUGUUGUGGACAACACUUUCAUGUCAGCCUACUUCCAGCGCCCCCUUGCACUUGGAGCAGACAUCUGCAUGUACUCCGCAACAAAAUACAUGAAUGGACACAGCGAUGUCGUCAUGGGCCUGAUUUCUCUCAGCCGCGAUGACCUCUAUGAGCGACUGAAAUUUUUACAGAACUCUCUCGGUGCUGUGCCGUCUCCAUUUGACUGUUACAUGUGCAAUCGUGGUCUGAAAACGCUGCACCUGAGGAUGAAGCAGCACUUUAAGAACGCACUGGCUGUGGCACAGUUUCUAGAGGCCGACCCGAGGGUGGACAGAGUCAUCUUCCCAGGUCUUCCAUCUCAUCCUCAACAUGAGCUGACAAAGAGACAGUGCACAGGCUGUCCUGGGAUGAUCACAUUUUACAUCAAAGGGAAACUGGAGGAUGCUUCAUCCUUCCUCAGCAAUCUCAAGUUGUUUGCACUUGCUGAAAGUCUUGGUGGUUAUGAGAGUCUAGCAGAACACCCAGCGAUUAUGACUCAUGCUUCGGUGUGUGAGGAAGAGAGGAAGAAGCUGGGCAUCAGUGAUACACUCAUUCGUCUUUCAGUGGGUCUAGAGGACGAGGAAGAUAUUAUUGCAGAUCUGGACCAAGCUCUCAGUGCUGCACUUCCAAAGAAGUAGGAGGCCAAUCAAGAUGAGGAACAGGAGUGAUGCCACACGUGGAUGAGAUGAAGACACUUUUAUGUGGCUCAUUAGUGAUUUACUUUGUAUAUUACGGUUACUUGAAUAACAUCAAUUGCAUUUGUCAGGGAACAGAUAUUCUCAUGAAUAUUCUUUGCCAUGUUUUAAUUCAAAGGAGAUUUGGGGCUUUUGUGUUUCUACUUUUUGUAAUUGAAGUUUGAUGAGGUAGUGGGCAGCCAAACAAAACCGCACUUAAAAGUUUUGAUAGAGAAAAGUGGCAGGACAUCUAAAAAAAUCAAUGAAUAGACUGUACAAGUUUGUUAUUCAAAAACUGUAACAUGCACAAAAGACACCAUCAGUGUUUUCAGGUAAUGAGCAGUUUUUAUUUUCUGCAUUAAAAAAAAAACCUCAUCAUGUUCCAGAUCACCCUUCACUGAAGAGCUGUAUUUUAAAUACUUGAUAAUAAUGAGAUGCUUGAGCGUUUUCAAUUCUAAAGGGAUCACUUCAGAUCUUUGUCUGUAUCACCAGACCCAUUAAAAGCCAU